ACACGGGGCCCCCCGAGGGCCGCGUGGACCCCGGAGCCCUCCAUCCCCAGGGAACCCCCUUCAGGCCCUGGCCCCGGCGUCCGGGCCGUUUCGUCGCCUCCAGAGGGCAGAGUCCAGCGCUCCCGUGACUCUCUCUGGCGCUCGGUGACCCUGGCGGUCUGCCUGCCUCACCCACCUCGCCCCGGGACCCCCGAGGCGGCGCAGCCCUCCUAGUCGGGGCCCAGGCCUGCGAGGCUGCCUCUAGCUUCCGGUCGGCCUCGCCGAGAGCCGGGGCUCGGGGCGCUGCCGGCGCCUGGCUCCUCCUCCCUGCCGCUCCCGGUCGCCCCUGCCCCGGGCUGGGCUGGGCUGUGGGGAGACGCCCGUCUCUCCUCUGGCCCCGGCGAGCCCGAGUGUGUCAGUGGUGGGGAGGGAGCCCCUCGGCCGCACGCGCCCCUCCUUCGGGUUUCCGCCGGUGCUUCCUCCUCUCGCUGCUGGCGCAAGCUCUUCCCUUAUCUCGGUGAUGCUCUGCCACGGCUGGGUGGGGCCUGGGGAAGCCUGAGCAGGUGGAGCCCCAAAGAAUUGCUGAGGCAGGUGCCGGGAGACCCUUCGGACCCCCGAAAGAGCAGGAGGACUGAUGAGAGACCUGGAUCAGUGACAUUCGAGCAGGAACCGCCCCUUCAUGCAGGAACCACAUCAAAUCAAGCUGCAGCUUGAUCGCGUUCAACUCCGACCAUCCAGGUGUACUGGGCAUUGUGCCUCUGCAAGGCCAAGGAGAAGACAAGCGACGCGUGGCCCACCUGGGCUGCCAUUCAGACCUGGUCACCGACUUGGACUUCUCGCCCUUUGAUGACUUCCUCCUGGCCACAGGCUCGGCCGACAGGACGGUGAAACUCUGGCGACUGCCAGGGCCCGGCCAGGCCCUGCCCUCAGCACCCGGGGUGGUGCUGGGCCCCGAGGACCUCCCAGUGGAGGUGCUGCAGUUCCACCCCACCUCUGACGGCGUUCUGGUGAGCGCAGCAGGCACCACUGUGAAGGUCUGGGAUGCAGCCAAGCAGCAGCCUCUGACAGAGCUGGUGGCCCAUGGGGACCUGGUGCAGAGCGCCAUCUGGAGCCGGGACGGAGCCCUGGUGGGCACGGCAUGCAAGGACAAGCAGCUGCGGAUCUUUGACCCCAGAACACAGCCGCAGGCCUCUCAGGUGUCUCAUGCCUCUGCUGGACCCUGACUCUGGGCUCCUGGUCCUGGCAGGAAAGGGCGAGAGGCAGCUGUACUGUUAUGAGGUGGUCCCGCAGCAGCCGGCGCUGAGCCCAGUGACCCAGUGUGUCCUGGAGAGCGUGCUGCGGGGGGCCGCCCUUGUGCCCCGGCAGGCGCUAGCUGUCAUGAGCUGCGAGGUACUCCGUGUCCUGCAGCUGAGCGACACAGCCAUCGUGCCCAUCGGCUACCACGUGCCCCGCAAGUCUGUGGAGUUCCACGAGGACCUGUUCCCGGACACUGCCGGCUGUGUGCCUGCCACCGACCCCCACAGCUGGUGGGCUGGGGACAACCAGCAGGUGCAGAAGGUCAGCCUCAACCCUGCCUGCCGGCCCCACCCCAGCUUCACUUCCCGUCUGGUGCCCUCUAUGGAGCCCCUCCCUGACACAGCCCAGCCUGCAGUGAUGGAGACACCCGUGGGUGAUGUAGAUGCAAGUGAGGGCUUCUCUUCGUCUCCCAGUUCACUGACCUCGCCCUCCACGCCCUCCAGCCUGGGGCCCUCACUCUCCAGCACCAGUGGCAUCGGGACCAGCCCCAGUCUGAGGUCGCUGCAGAGCCUGCUGGGCCCCAGUUCCAAGUUCCGCCAUGCUCAGGGCACCGUCCUGCACCGAGACAGCCACAUCACCAACCUCAAGGGGCUCAACCUCACCACACCUGGUGAGAGUGACGGCUUCUGCGCCAACAAGCUGCGUGUGGCUGUGCCCCUGCUCAGCAGUGGGGGACAGGUGGCUGUGCUCGAGCUACGGAAGCCUGGCCGCCUGCCCGACACAGCACUGCCCACGCUGCAGAAUGGGGCAGCUGUGACUGAUCUGGCCUGGGACCCCUUUGACCCCCAUCGCCUCGCUGUGGCUGGUGAGGAUGCCAGGAUCAGACUGUGGCGGGUGCCCCCACAGGGCCUGGAAGAGGUGCUCACCACGCCGGAGACUGUGCUCACAGGCCACACGGAGAAGAUCUGCUCCCUGCGCUUCCACCCGCUGGCAGCCGAUGUGCUAGCCUCGACCUCCUAUGACCUCACUGUUCGCAUCUGGGACCUUCAGGCUGGAGUUGAUCGGCUGAAGCUGCAGGGCCACCAAGACCAGAUCUUCAGCCUGGCCUGGAGUCCUGAUGGGCAGCAGCUGGCCACUGUCUGCAAGGAUGGGCGUGUGCGGAUCUACAGGCCCCGGAGUGGCCCUGAGCCCCUGCAGGAAGGUCCAGGGCCGAAGGGAGGACGCGGAGCCCGCAUUGUCUGGGUGUGUGAUGGUCGCUGUCUGCUGGUGUCUGGCUUUGACAGCCAAAGUGAGCGCCAGCUGCUCCUGUAUGAAGCUGAGGCCCUGGCUGGCGGACCCUUGGCAGUGCUGGGCCUGGACGUGGCUCCCUCAACCCUGCUGCCCAGCUACGACCCAGACACUGGCCUGGUGCUCCUGACCGGCAAGGGUGACACCCGUGUGUUCCUGUACGAGCUGCUCCCCGAGUCCCCUUUCUUCCUGGAAUGCAAUAGCUUCACGUCGCCCGACCCCCACAAGGGCUUCGUCCUCCUGCCUAAGACAGAGUGCGAUGUGCGGGAAGUAGAGUUGAUGCGGUGCCUGCGGCUGCGCCAGUCCUCCCUGGAGCCUGUGGCCUUCCGGCUGCCCCGAGUCCGGAAAGAGUUCUUCCAGGAUGACGUGUUCCCAGACACAGCCGUGAGCUGGGAGCCGGUGCUCAGUGCCGAGGCCUGGCUGCAAGGCGCUAAUGGGCAACCCUGGCUUCUCAGCCUGCAGCCUCCUGACAUGAGUCCAGUGAGCCAAGCCCCCCGAGAGGCCCCUGCUCGUCGGGCCCCAUCCUCGGCACAGUACCUGGAAGAGAAGUCAGACCAGCAAAAGAAGGAGGAGCUGCUGAAUGCCAUGGUGGCAAAACUGGGGAACCGGGAAGACCCGCUCCCCCAGGACUCCUUUGAAGGCGUGGACGAGGACGAGUGGGUGAGUGGCGAGUGGCCUCACUUCCCGGCAGGCAGCACGGUCCCUCGCACACGCCACAGUGCAUGCCUCCUCCCUUCCCAGGCCCUCCUGACUCCCUCCCACCUCUUGGUGUUUCACCCCAGGACUAGCCUGCGCCCCCGUCACCUCCACCCCACCUACGCUGCCACCUCCUAGUGCACACCUCACAGCUCAUCCUCAAGCUGGAAGAUACCUCUCUGGCCCCGGCACAUGUCACCCCUGCGCUCCUGGCUUCCCUUGGGCACUUCCACAGCCUCUGGGCCUCUGGCAGCUUCCAGGGACUGUUCUCACCUCUGCUGUCUCUGGGGUCAGCUGCUGCUCAUCAGCUGCCCACUAGCAUGUAGCCAGGGGUGCAGGGUGGCGGGAGGUCAGUAGCAUGUCCCCAGGCAGGCCCUGGGCACCCUGUCUCCCCUGGUCUCACUGCUGACCUGGGCUGGUCCCAGCCUGGGUUGGCCUCAUCCAGGAUCUUUGGUCACCCCACACUGCCCCAUCUUGCCUGCUGUCUCAGUUCUGGUCAAGCGCCUUGGGGGCUGGCCCCCCACCAGGCCUUCUGGAGCAGCACCAGUCUCAGGGCCCUGGGACCAGCUGCCCUGCUUCCCAGGUUUGUAGCCAGGAGAAGGGGGGCAUCGCAGAGCUGAUGGUCCAAUAAGGGGGUGUGAGCCCUGCAGGGACUGGCCCGCACCUGCCCUGGAUGUUCUCAGCAAUUAAACUUUUUUAAGCUGGCCA